AUGGAAGGUCACCAAAUCCAAGUGAAGCCCAUUCAGGUGCCCAAACUGGACCUGCAAGUGGUGGAAUGCCCCAAAAAAGUGCAGGUAGAGGUACCUUUCCAACUGGAGCUGCAGGUGAUGAACCGAACGGAGGAUGUCUUGGAGCCAAAGGUGAGCUUCGACCUCCGGUUGAUGGGUGCCGUGAAAAUCCAAGGGCCCUGCCAAAGACUUCUACGGAUAGAGCCUGGAGAGAGGCAGCGCCUUCCCAUUGAACUCGUUGUAACAGUGCCUGGGCUCCAUGGUCUACAAGGCAUUUCCAUUGCCUACGACGACCAGGUUCCCAGGCAGGACUUUGGAGUUCUUUGUGACUUGCUCGCCUUCUGA